AUGCAAACCCACACCAAGGCGACCGCCGUGCGCUCCAUCGAAGGCUGGAUCAUCAUGGUGACCAACGUGCACGAGGAGGCCGACGAGGAAGCCAUCCAGGACAAGUUUGGCGAGUUUGGUGAGAUCAAGAAUUUGCAUCUUAACUUGGACAGGCGAAGCGGUUAUGUCAAGGGCUACGCAUUGAUCGAGUAUCCGACGCUGGAGGAGGCGCGCGCCGCCAUCGAUGGCGCCCACGAGACGAAGCUCCUCGACCAGACCAUCCAGGUGGACUUUGCCUUUGUGCGACCACCCCCGGGCAAGACCGGCGCUGGCGGCGGCCGUGGUGGAGGUGGUGGCGCAGGCGGCGGACGCAACGGCCCUGGCAAUCGCAAUAGGGGUGGACGGAGUAGGAGCCGGAGCCCCGUUGGCAGGGACGAUUGA